ACACUAUAUUUAUUUUUCUUUGUGUACCUUAGAUCAUGGACGGACUUCUAAAGGCUACGGCAAUGGUGGUGUUGGUGGCGCCUUUGGCACUGGCCAUUCCCACGGCACCCGAGGCCCCAGCGGUAAGCGAGGGUUACGAGGAACUUUCAACCUAUUUCGAAGGUGAUUUGGCAGCAACCAACGACAGUGAGGCGCAGGAUGGCGCAAACCGUGUGCUAACAGGAUUUGGAUACGGCUUUGGUGACCAAUAUUUCGGCUCAUACCCGGGUUAUCCUCAAGGCGCAGGACUUUCCUUUAACCAGUGGCAGUAUAAUGACGGUUACUACGAUACAGGAUACCAACAAAAAUGCUCACGCUACUGCCCCGGAUCCAGGCCUGGAUCCUACAUAUGCUGUGUCCCAAGCCACCCCAAUGAGCCUCGGUGCCCGGAGGUGAGGCCGACCUGCAAUGAUCCUUACUACUACAGCGGACCUCCCCAGCGGUGCGAGAGUAGCCACGAGUGCAUGCCGAGUUCGCUCUGCUGCUACGAUACGUGCCUGAAGCAUAAAACGUGCAAGCCUGCUUUCAUGAAUGCUAUUCUGUAUCAGAAGUGACUGAUGUACCAUUUCGGGAGUAUGUAUUUCAAUAAGUGCCUCGAUAUUUCGUAGUAGUUAGCACAAUAUAUAUGUAUUCAUAUAUUCU